AUGGCGGCCGUUCAGGAUCAAGCGGCCAUCGACUUCGCCAGCAAACUCGCCGUCAAUGCCUUCAAGCUUCAAUGCUGCGACUCAUCCAUCUGCCAGGACUGCCAAGCCACUCUUCCUGAUGCCUGCCCAGAAGAAGCUGUAGCCCCGGCAGAUGCGACUGAAGGUGCUCUUGCGCCCGAGGCCACCGAUCCGCUUGCCCAGGUUGAAGAGUCCACGGAACUGGAGCAGGCCGAACAAGCGGGUGGAGCCGAGGAAGAUACUGUCGCACAGUCAAUCGAAGAGCCUGACCCUGAGAACCCCGAAUCCGAACAGAAGAAUGAGAUGGACCAAGGCGAAAAUCAAAAACAAGACCAAAACGGACAGAACGCUUCUCAACAAAACUUCCAAAACAUGAACUGGAACGCUGCUAACGGAUUCAACCCUAUGAUGAACAUGGCCAAUGGAUUCAACCCAAUGAUGGGCAUGAUGGGCAUGCCUGGAAUGAACCCCAUGUCCAUGUUCGGCGGUUUCGGUCCUGGCGGUAUGGGCAUGCAAGACAUGAGUGGUAUGAACAUGGGUAUGGGCUUUGGAGGCGGUUUCGGUGGCAAUUGGAAUGGACAGCAGGGAAUGGGCGGAAACUUUGGCGCUGGCUAUUAUCCCAACGCUGGAUAUAAUCAACCGCAAAUGCACCAAGGAGGCUAUGCCAAUCAACAGUUCCCCAAUCAUAAUAACUACCAGAACCAGAACCGCUUCCAACAACAGCGUGGUGGCUUUGCUGGCCGUGGGAGAGGCGGUGCUGCGUUUGCUGGUGGGAGUGUUGGCCCAUCUAACUCACAGACUCAGCAAGACGACGCUGCUUAUCCUCAAGAUGACGAACAAGGCGAACGUCGUCCUUCUCAAGCUGGCACUGAAUCGGCUGAAGCCGGUGCUGAAAGACACGAGUCCCAAUCUGUAGCUCCCGCAUCCCAGAACCCGGAGAAUGAUGCCCCUGCCCCAGAGCAACAGACAGAUGCUACCAACGAGGAUACUAACGAGCAGGUCCCUCAAGAUCAAGAGCAACCGGAAGAGCAAGGUCUCGAAAAUGGCGAUAACAUGCAAGGAAUGCAAGAUGAACAUGGCAAUCAGAUGAUGAACUCAAACAAUGAAGGUGAGCGUAACAAAAAUCGAUAUCAAGUCAUGUACUUAUAUAUCCAGGCCCANAACAUGAUGGAUCCCAACGCCUUCAACCCAGCCAUGAUGGGUAUGGGUGGCUUCAAUCCUGCAAUGGCGCCAAUGAUGCCUUUUGGCAAUCAAAACGGGUUCUUCCCGCAAAACAACUUCAACGGUGGAUUUGGUGGAAGAGGAAGGGGCGGUUACAGAGGCAGGGGCGGUUUCCGUGGCCGAGGUGGCUUCAACAACAUGCAUGGCGGCUUCAAUGGACACAUGUCGCAGACUCCAGAAGACUUCACUGUUGUUGCAGGCUCUGCUGAAGGACCUCCAAUUGAUGCUCCCAAGGGUCCCAAGGCCAUGCGUGAGGGCUUGCCCAAUAGUGGCAUCUACAGCAGAGGCGGCUUCCAAGGUGGAAGGAACGCUCAUCCUACCCCUACCCCUCAGCCUCAAUCUUUGCCAGCACAAUCUCCCCAACCGCAAAGAGAGCGCACUGCAUCGCCUGCUCGUGACGAUCGUGAGCGUGGCCGUUCGCCUUCACAUUCGAGAUCAGGCUCGCACAGUCGCAAGCGUAAGCACAGUGUCGACUCGCAAGAUAGCGAAGCACGAGCUCGCAGACGUGAGCGACGUCGCCGUCACGAAAGAAAAUACGACGACGAGGUUGCCGAUUCCGACAGAAAGGACGUGACAAGAUCUGACUCUGGCGAUGACGACGCAUCUAGAAGACGCCGUCGCAGAGACAGAGAAAAGCACCGUUCAACCCGCGAAAGCAGCAGAGACCGCGAUCACCGCCGCCGUCGCAGCAGAUCUCGUGGCGACAAAGACCACCGCAGUAACGGAGACGACCAAUCUUCCCGCACCAAGAGCCGUCGCGACCGUGACCGCGAUCGUGAAAGAGAAAAGGAACGCUCUGAUCGUGAUAGAAACGAUCGUGACCGUAAACGCUCUCGCAGAGACCGCUCGCCUUCAGCCAACGGCACCGCUGAUCAUUACUCUUCUUCCCGCCGCUCACGCCGCGACGACCAAGCCUCCACAAACGACGACCAAGGGUUCAAGAUCAAGGGCUCUCGCGGCAGCAAACCCUUCGCUCCACCCACCGGCCCUCGCAAAGACCGCAAUGACGACAGAGCUGCCAGACGUCCGAGUCUCCAAUCCGUUGCUGUGGCCCAAGACACCUCUGCUUCCGCCUCUGCUGACCCAUAUGCCCAAGAACGCGAAGCACGCAUCAAAGAACGCAUGGCCAAAGAGCAACAACGCCGUGAAUCUGCUACUAUGGGCAAGAGAGGCAGAGGUGAGGACGGCGGUAGACGAGGUUCGAAUGCCGGGUUUGAUGCGCCGACAGGACCAAAGGGAUCAAGGAAGAGCAGAAAGGUUAGUUAUAGAUAUGAAGAUGAGGAAGGAGAGGAAGCUAGAGCUGAGAGGGUCGAGCGGGAAAGAGAGGCUGGCCGAUGGGGAUAG